AUGCUCAUAGUUAAGACUGAAGGCGAUAUUCCGUACAUUAGGCUUCCGAGAGGAAAAGAGACGAAAUACGAUGAGCCGGCACAACGCCAGGAGGUUGCUGGCUAUUUGACAUUUAAACGCAUCAUACGCACAACCAUUUGUGCAACGGUCUUUGCGGUUCCAUUUUGUGUUUCCGCCCCCUCUUCUCCAUUGCUGAAGCUGUCGCAGACACAGGACACGAAGAAGACACUGAUCCCGCGCAUGAUGAGCGAUUUCUUUUACGUAAACUUUAUUGCCAGUUGGCUCUCCUACUACUACAUUAUUGAGCCUGGUGUAAUAAAUGAGAAGGCGAUGCAUGGUUUUAUGCCUUGGCUCGGACCUAUCAGUGCGCAGGUCCCGGGGUUGUCGUGUCUUUUAGCUUCCCAUCUUUUCUAUCCAGGCAUGUGGGCGCUGUUCAACGAGCGUACAUGGGGAGAACGGAUCCGCGAGUUUGUGCGACUCAACACCAAAUGUGCACUCGCUUACUCCCCCAUUCACCUUCCUGCAGCCGUUGCAAUAGGUUCGAUUAUCGGGAUUGUCUUUUACCCAUUCAAGUUUUUCAAAAAGCGUUCGUGUGGCAGGGCCCCAUUAGACAAAGAACACUGUUAA